UCUUUACUGAUAAUGGUUGUUUUUUUUUGCGUCACGUCAUACUUCUCUAUCGUUGCCACACUUCUAACCUGUUUUGUGUUUGGACUAAUGCACCAGGCACGGAACUUCGUCCUUGAAACGCUGUCCAUCCUCCUACCGUGUGUCUGUCCACCUUUCUAGUAACACAAUGAAAUACAACACUCUACUUCUGCUGGAGUUGAUGUAUGUCACAGUACUUUCAGGUCUUAAUGCAGGACAAAUCAAAGCUCAGCCUGAAGUGACUGGAUACGUCGGCCAUGAUGUCACCCUGCCUUGUCCACUCAUCAAAAAUAGAGCAGAAAACAUUUCUCAAGUUGAGUGGAAGCUCCAACAGCCAAACUGUUCAGAAAUCUCCAUUAUUGUUUUAAUUAGUAGAGAGCAAUUUACUGCUCAUGAUACAUUUCUGCAGGGCAGAGUGGAGAUUUCAGAACAAUCUCUGAUCAUUAGAGAUGUGGAAAUGAGAGACGCAGGGUCCUACACUUGUACCCUUUCAGCCUUCCCUAGUGGUAAAUUGGAAGGAACCACCACCCUUAUUGUCCUAGAUGGGACACAUUUAUCAUCAGGUGAGAUUUCUGCUAUCGUGAUCUCUGUCCUGCUGCUGUCAGUGAUCCUGUUAGCUGUAGCUUACCUCGUCUUCAUCAAAAGAUCGGCUUCUUUUGUCAGACAGCAGGUCUUCAUUGAUACUGAUGGUCCAGUGAGGGAUGUGGCCAGGCCGUCUUUUAUUGUGAAAGAGCAGGAUUUGGUCUAUUCUGACGUCAAGUGCAUACCGUCCAGAGUCGCUGAUCCUUUCUCCAAUGACAGACACACACAGAGCUUGCAUGUUGAUGAUGUCAUGUACUCCGAGGUUUCAAGUAGGUUCUAAAUGAAAUCAAAUGUAUGCUGCAGUAAUGCUGAAGGACUUUUCUUGGACUCAUGGAGGACUUCAGAAAAAUGCUCUUAAAGCGGCUGUAUGUAAGUUAAUGUGUUCCCGCAUGUUGGUGUCAUUAAGAAGAAUCUCAGCAUCCUGAAAGCUUUUAACAAAUUAAAACCUCUUCAAACCAAACACAACCUUUUUGUCCUCUACGGAAUCACAGCCGCUGUUUAAGAUCACAGGAAACAUUAUACUGUAUCUAUGUAUUAUCUAUUCAACCUUAUGUAAACACUGAGGAAUUAUUCAGGACAUUUCCUCAUUUGAAUGAGAACGAUACUGUACAAAGAAUGAACACAUACAAUAUUUAUAAAUAACCGGUGUAAAAUGACAAGAGUGCAAUUAAAACUGGUGUCAUUCUUUUUAGAUUUACCUUCAGGGUUGAGUGUUUGAAUGUGUUGUAAAAUGUUUCAUGUGUGCUAAUAUUUUUAAAUCAGCACCAAAUACAAAGUACAGCUGAGGCUGAGAGGAAUGUCUAAAGCUUUGCAGGUCAUUCGUCAAAGAAAUGUAAACGAUAGAAAAAAAAUCAAAGCUUAGAGAAACAGAUGGGAAAAGAUGAUUAAAGGUCAAAGUUUUUUUUCAGUACAUCCUCUGGGCACCACGAAUUUCUGUAGUGAAGUCAAUCCGUACAGAAGAUGUCAAGAUAUUUGUCAGAGUAAGUGUCGACAUAUUGAUGGCUCUAGAGUAAAAGUCACACAUCUCAGUGUGAACGACAUAACGUUUCCUCUGCAGAGCCUUUCAAGCGUGUAUGAUGUUAAAUAAAAAUAGGUAACAACUAGCAACCCCAAAGAUGCUUUUAAUAUUAAAAGUGGAAGUGAAAAACCUUUCUUCUUCUUUUUCCCGUGCGCUGCUGUGUGGUGACACAUUUGAGCAGACCUCAGUUGCUACAUGUAACAGCGUGGUUGUAAUCGUUUUGAAUGUUUUAGUAUUUUCCUUUCAUUUCUUUUGAGUUUUCGUUGUCAAUUUUAGUUUAGUUUAUUUGUUGUUGUUUUUCAGAUUCUUUUUAGGCUUGUUGACACUGUAUUGUAAUGGAUAGAGUGCAGGAUGAGAGAGUGGGGAGUGACAUGUGGCAUAGUGCCCAGAGUUGGAGUCGAACCCGGGCUGCUGGCUUCAGGGACUAUACAGCCUCCGUAGGCUACAUGGGGCAUGUGGUUUAAUGCUACAGUCGAUCUAGCGCACCAGUUUCUGUUUAGUUUUAGUUUCUCCUGAUGCUGCUUUGUGAAUGUAUUAUUUUGUUGUAUGUGAUAGCUGUCUGGGGUGAGACUCGAAAGGGCCACAGGAUAUAUUGUGUGAUAAAAACUCCAAAGCAUUUAGAAAAAUCUAUUCAAACAGGCUACAAAAGAUGAAGAUCCAAGACCAUCCACGAAGGACAAACCACAUGUGUCAAUCAGUGUUUGGAUUUAAUAUCCGCACAACAUACUCAGAAUCAGUUAUCACUUUUUGGUAAGCCUUUUUUUUUAUUUUUGUUUCCAUUAAUGAAAAUGUUUAUGACAUUCUAGGUUGUGUUCCUUCAUUUGGUUUUUGAUAAUGAUAAUAACUUUGGCUCACAGCUCAGCUUGGCACAGGCGAUCUCCGGCUCAAUCAAAUAAAACAGCAAACACCCGAAUAUAUCCGAGCCAUCAGUGCAUCAUUCUGCAUGAGAAUGUAAUCAUGUAAUGAAGACUGUUUCAUUGACGUAUCAGGUAAAUAAGCUACUUUAUCGAUCUGCCAAAGUGUCCCAUUAACUACUUGUCACACAGACAGGUGCGGUUCCUGUCUCAACAUUAUUACCAUGCUAGUAGAGCUCAUCACCCACAGUUUUUGUUCCUCUUUUAUUGUCUGAACGUCAAAGGAGGAAGGUCAAAAAGGAAGAUGAAAUUUGCACACUUCUAAAGAGACAAAUUUACCCUAGUGUUGCAUUUUAAAAAAGGGCCAGAGCUGCGGGUGUUUGGGGAAUUCAAAAGGGACUCUAAAUGUGGUCAUUUUCUGCACUCUGCUACUUGCUAUUUUAUUGCAAUAUAACCAUUUGGACAUCAUGAUUUAAGGCAGCCAUGAUAUACUUUUUGUUUUAAGUAAAUUGCUGUGUGCAUGUGAUCCUCAUAACGGGUGAAGUGUUUAUCAGUCAGAGAGGAUGGCUGGAAUUAUUGUGAAUAUUCUCUUAUGUUCUCACUUCUUUCCUUAUCCUGUCUUUUUUCUAAAGGCUUAUUUGCAGCAGCUUUGGAUAAAAAACAAGAAAUACAUAUUAUGAUGUAAUACUGUAUAGAUUUAAAUGCACAGACACUUCUCAAUAUUGUUUACUCUGUACUCUUGUCUGCUUACAGUCCUUUCUGCAGAUCAUUGUUCAGUGAUGAUUUCAGAAUCCUGUACGCAGAUGUUGCAAUCUGAGCGAGUCAACUGUGAAAAGGUGACAAAACUAUGGUUUGCAAAGUCUUACAUGAUCAUGAUCCAUGAAUGCUAACAGUCACCUUCUAUUAUCGUAGUUUACAGCAGCAUUUACUGGCAGUUAGAGUGGGUGUGGGUGUGAAAUUGUGUCUGAUGUUGUGUUGAGAUGCUAACGCUUGUACGUUGGUGUUAUGUUUCAUUUCUGUUUCAAUUAUGAGGCUCAAAUUGUCUUACCCUAAAAGUCAGUUAUUUAAAACUUUGAGUUCAGUUCAUGUAAGAAAUACAUUUCAGUCUUGUUUUUUUUAAAUAAAACGCACAGACCUGUAGAUUGUUCUCACUUUAUCUUUCAAACAUAACUGUUUUGUUUGUGGUUGUUGAUGCGGAAUAAAGUUUUACAUUUUCACAGAC